AUGGUGAUCACGGCAAGGGUCCCACCUUUACUCUCAUCAUUACCACGGCCGACUAGGUGGAUCGCAGCCUUAAGAUCGAGCCCGUCGACCCUAGUCAACGCCAGCGCCAGAACCGUUUGGGCCCGCUUGCGACCGCGACCGACGGCACGGCUAUACCACGCGGCUGUUUGGCCUUCCUACGGCGUCACCACCCCGGUCCCCGACCGCAACGACCUCGCCCUCACCAAGGCGCCCUUUCGUUUCGAGACGGGCUAUGCUCUCUGCGCGAAGCGUCCCUCGCGUCCCUUUCCUCCGCCCUUUCUAUCCCCGCCUUCUACAUCCUUCUCCGAUCCCUUGACGACCCAUUCACUGAGCCAGGAUAAGAGAUUAUCCGUCAAGGGCGAACUGGUUCGUGGCUUAAACAAUGGGGACGACGCCAUCGUGGUUGCGGAGAACUUCCUUGGGGUAGAUGAUGGUGUAGGUGCAUGGGCGACAAAGCCCCCGCUUUGGUCAAGACUCCUUUUACACUUCUGGGCACUCGAACUUGAGCGCCGAGUCUCUGCAGAUGCCCCUAGCCUCGACCCUAUCGAGUACCUCCAAUCGGCUUACGAGGAGACGCUUCAAGCAACCACUACCCCUACCGAGUGGUUUGGAACCACCACGUCGGCAACAGCCCUUCUGCACUGGACUCAGGAGCAGGAUGGCACUCGGAAGCCACUUCUCUACGUGACAAAUCUUGGGGAUUGCAAGGUGAUUGUGAUCCGCCCAAGCGAGGAGAAAGUCCUGUUUCGCACCACCGAACAAUGGCAUUGGUUCGACUGUCCCAUGCAGUUGGGAACAAACAGCGUCGACACGCCGCGAAAGGACGCAGUGCUAUCCAAAAUUGCCUUACAAGAAGACGACAUCGUUCUAGCGGUAUCUGAUGGCGUCAUGGAUAACCUGUGGGAGCACGAGGUCGUCAAAGUGGUUCUGGACAGUCUUCAAAAAUGGGAUAACGGAGGAUCUCUCGACGUACCUUCGCCACUAGAUUCGUCCAAUGAUCGCAUGGUUUACGCGGCUCGAGAGGUGCUGUCUGCAGCUUUGAAUAUUGCGCAAGAUCCUUUUGCGGAGAGCCCCUAUAUGGAGAAGGCGAUAGAUGAAGGCCUUGCGAUUGAGGGAGGUAAAAUGGACGACAUCUCGGUCGUCAUUGCGUCCUGCAAAAAGCGAGACGGAUGA